AUGUCUCAAGAAAUUAAAUCAAAAAUGAAACCAAUUAGGAUAAUGAAGAGUAAAUUAAAUAGAAUUCCUAAUAAUAUGACCUUAAAAUUUUUACUUACUAAAGAUACAGAGCGAGAAGAUACGUUAUUUAAGGCAAAGGAAAGUGACCCUAUUUAUCAGAAAUUUCCUAACUUAAUAAUAAUUAACAAGUUAAACAUGGUAAGUAACACUAAUCGUACGACUGCGAAAUUUACAGAAGGCACCACGACAGUUGAACUAUCUUCUGAUAGUAUAAGUGAACUUCUUGGCCAACAAAACUAUGACCUCAUUUUAAAUGCAAUUAGCAGCGUUUUUAAUGUAGCUGCAAAAGUUGAAGCUAUAAUGGCACUUUUGAAAAAGAAACCUAUGAACAAAGUUGAUAAAUGUGAUGGAAACAAAACUAUUGAUAGAUUAAGUCAAACGGAUGAAUCAUGUAUAGUAAAGGUGAAACAAUUACCAAGACGACGACUGCAAAGGUGCAAGGCUUAUGCAGUUCUUGAUAGUCUUAUACCACCUGAGACUUUUGAGAAACCACCUCCAAAAAGUAAACCAUUGGAAACAGUACAAAACAUAAGUCUUAUUGACACAAAGGAUUUUUUGAACGAAGACAGUAAUAUGUCUGAUAUAUCUUUUGAUAAUAUCUCAUUAAAAAGUUGGCAAGUUCCCAACUCAGUGUUAAAUGUGAAGCCAUACUUUGAUUGCAUAGAGAAAUGUACAUCUUCAUCAUUUGUAUUAAAAUUAGUUGAUGGUAGUAGUGUAACUUUAAAAACAAAACCGCCUGACUUGUUUCAUAUAGCAACACCCGAAAAUUUAAAAGAUUUAACAAGAGAAGAACAAAAGCGGUUACUAUUACAUCAGGCAUAUUUACAUUGGAAAUACUGUAUGGAGGUUGACGAAGAUGACAAUUUACCUCUACAUAUAGCUGUGCUAGAGAAUGAACCAGAUUUAUUAUAUAGACAUUGCAUUUUGUUGAAAACACGGCAGGAGUCUGUGGACAUACUAGGAGAAAAAGAUUUGUCAGCCCUACAAUUAUCGGUGCAUACAAACUCUCCUCAGUGCAUGAAUAUAUUACUUUCGUUUGGAGCUAAGAUAACCCAGAUUGACGCUGAAUGCCAGUCUUUAAUGCACAUAGCUGCUGAAACAAGCGUAGAGUGUGUUCAAACAAUAUUGCAGCAUUGUCGUGAGCAUCCAAGGAAAAUUUUAUCUGAAAAGGAGGGCUUGUGGACUCCCGAAUUGGAGUUUCAAAGCGAUGAAGAAAUAUCAAUGUAUUUGAUUAAUGACUUUUGUACUAUGUUUGAUGACCAAGGUAUGACGCCACUCAUGAUAGCGAGUGGAAAAGGCUUUGACUCAAUAGUGGAUGAGUUGCUCAAAGCUGCGCCUCAAACAGUUAACAUAAAAUCACCAUCAAGUGGCAACACUGCCCUAUAUAUUGCAACGUCUGCUGCUUAUUCGCAUGCUGAGCUUUUUGGCAACACCAGCAAGUUAUCAUCAAAUUAUUUAAAUACGAUAGCAACAUUGUGCAAAUAUGGCGCCGAGCCGAACAUUCCAAACGAUUCGGGCAACAGUGUUACUAUGCUUUUAAGUGAAUUUAAAUCUAAUGAAAUCGCACAAAUAUUAGCUAACAAAGUUUGUCAUGGAACACAGAAAUUCGACUCCUUCAUGCUCGUCAAAGAUGAUGGUGACAUAAAAAUAGAACCUGUUAAAAUGACUAAACAACGUGAAACAAAUGAACGCAAAAAGCAAAAAGAUACUGCUAUAACAUGUGAAGAUAUGCUAAACGAUUCAGAAAUUGAAUCAAACAUAGAAAUUACUGAAACAUUGAUCGUUGAUAAGCCAGUUCCGUCAACUAGUUUUGUUACCGAGCAAAUACAAACGGUACAAAAAUCUCAGCCAGUAAUGAUUAACCUAAAUGAUUCACUUAGCCUAAACAUUACAAAAGUAUGUAAUCCACGAACUUAUAAGAUCGUUAGACCAAAAAUGAAGACAGAUUUAAGUGUGAUAAAAUGUGAAACAAUCAAAAAGUAUACGAAAAAAUCUAAAGCAACGCAAAAUUUAAUAGAAACACCGCAAGUGUGUCAACAAACAUUGAACACAAAACUUAUAGUUGAAGUAGAAAGUUUAAAUACGAGAAAAAGAAAACAUUCUAUGGAAAACACUAAAUUGAAUGAUUAA